CAUCUAUGGCGGAUGACGGAUGGAGUUCGGAGAUAUGGUCAUGUUAAGCGAAGUGUAAUUCGAUUGAUUUGUGUUUGAUUGUAUUAUUUGGGAAAAUUAUUAUUUCAUAUCUUGAGUAUUCUUUUAGAUCCUAUUCUCGUGUAUUGUAUGUGUCCUAGUGAUAGAGAAAUCGGGGUGAAAAUGUUUGUGCCAUAUAGCGGAUCAUAAUCUUCGAACUCGCCCAUUUCCUUUGUGAUCUAGAUGUCGGUUCAUGAACAUUUGAUAACAUUAUACAAUACGGUGAUGCGCUGUUAAUGUAUAAAUCAAACAUACAAUUAUGAACCGAGGACUAUAUUGUAUCUUCUAAGUGCUCAUUUGUGUAACCUCAAACGCGGAAGACACUAUGUUAAACCAAUCGAAGCCGCUUUGAUUUUGUUCGAUUCCCAUUUUCAAGUUAAAAGUUGAAUCAGUUUAUUGUUCUAUAAUCACCCUAAUGCCAGUGAUAAUCAUAUGUGUUAAAUUAUUGUGCAAAGUUAUUCUAUAAUGUAACAAUGGUCGAAAUCGGCGUCCCACAGCAAUCAGCUGACGAGAACUUAGAAAAUGCAGAGUGGUAUUGGGGCGACAUCACUCGUGAUGAAGCUGCUGAAAAGCUCCUAGACACCUGUGAUGGCACAUAUCUAGUCCGAAACUCAUCAAACAAAGAUGGAGGUUACACACUCACUGUAAGGAAAGGUGGCUCCAACAAGCUCAUCAAAAUAUAUAACCAAAAUGGCCGGUACGGGUUUUGUGAACCGUUCGAGUUCAACUCCGUUGUGGAGUUGGUUAGGUUCUACACAGAAUAUUCUCUCGGCCACUGCAAUCACAAUCUGGACAUCAAGCUUAUGUACCCGUUGUCUAGACUCCCAGAAUACGAUGGCGGAGAAAACAUUAGUGAUGAAACACUAGAAUUGCAAUAUAAAGAGAAACACGAAGAAUACACUACAAAAUUUAGGGAUUUCUCGGAACGUUCACAAAAAUUUAUGAGACUCAGGGACGAGGUGAAAUAUAAAAGACAAGCAUUAGAUGCUUUCAAGGAAACUUUGAGGAAAUGCGAGGAACAUCUUAAAUUGCAAGAGAAAAUGCAAAGUGAGGCCCAACCUCACGAAAAGAAUGAUCUUUUGGAGAAUAACAGGCAACUGUUGAGCAGAGUUCAGAGUUUGAGGAAGGCGAAGAAGGAGCUGCAUGAGAAACUGAGGGAGACGGUGAAUUCCAGUUUAGUUCUUGAAAGAGAGAUUUAUAAGCUAAAGUCUGAUAUUCUUAUGAUUUAUAAAAUGAAGGACCGAUACAAACUAUGGUUACAACGGCGUGGUAAGACUGAAGAAUACCUCCAAGCUCUUGAGAACGAUAAUACAGACGAACUGGAAGAACUGUACGCGCACCGGGAGCCAAUCAGCUGGAAGGUGGACUGCACCCGAGACACGGCAGAGAAGCUAUUGGCUGGAAAGCCGCAGGGGACGUUCCUGAUUCGCCCAAACUCAACAGGCCAAUUAGCUUUAUCAAUUUCCUGUAAUAACACUAUUUAUCAUUGUAUCAUCUUUAGAACGGAAAGAGGCUAUGGGUUCGCGGAGCCUUAUAAUAUUUAUAGGACCUUAAACGAGCUUGUACUACACUACGCAGUUAAUUCGUUAGAAGAACACAAUGAUCAUUUGAAGACCAAAUUAAAAUAUCCAAUCAACGGCAACCUGGUGAAGAAGCCCGAGAGGAACCAGGUGAAAUGAAGACGCAGCAUUACGAGGAUGGUAAUAAAAAAAAAGAUAAACUUGUCUAUCCUAUGAAUGGAAUGAUCGCUGAAAUGGUCAACUAACACAUGCAGUUUGAUACCAGUUAAACUACUGGCCUUAAAAGACUGCUGAUUUGAAUAAUAAUAAAAAAAGUAACUUUAAUAAUUUAUAUAUAUUUGUAUGUUUAUUUUAUAUGGAUUGGAAUGAGAUUAAAUUUAGGCUUUAGAAUUGAGGGACACGUUCGCAAUAAGCAAUUGUCCUUACGACAACGAAAGUUUCACCGAAUGCCUCCGAUGUGCUUUUUAUGGUCGUAAAAUCCUCCUGGUAAAUGGGAUAAGAGUUAACAAUGUGGGUAACUAUACCAUGGUAAUAUUACCAACUUGGAAUCAAUAUUAAUGCAAGUUUUGAAUUGCAAAAUGACUUAUUUUUUGUUUAUCCCACUCUCUCGUCUCUUCCUGAUUGGUGUAAUUGGAAGGAGACUGAAACAUCUAUCUCUGUCUUAUUGUCCUAAUUUAAAAGAGAUGGAAAGGAAAUAAAAUGCCAUUCAAGGUAAUUUUUCCAUUCUGUCAUUUUUCUUUUAAAUUGAUUAUCCACUUUGGUUAUAUUUCCAUAGUUUUUGCUAUAUAAUUUCUACCUCCAGUUUUGGGCUGAUUUUGAGGCCUUGCCAUUUUUAAUGGCACAUUGUCAUACUGAUUUGAAUUUAUCGGGAGCUAUCAAAUUUUUGACCAAUGGCAACACUAUAUUGAACCAAAUGCUUAGUGCUGACAUCUGGUGCGAUGUUAAAAAAAAACCCUAAAUUUUGAAAAGAACACAUUUUUUUAACUGUGGUUCAAUAUACGGCAGGCGGAUAUCAGCUUUUAUAUGUUUACAUGUGCAUGAUCCAUUUAAAGUACUUUAUUUGUAAACAUGACAUUAUGUUUAACUUGUCUGAAUUACUAACUGAAUAAUUUAGGGCAUCUGAAUUAAAUCGAUGUAAUACGCGCUUAAUUACUCCAUUUUCCUACGCGGUGUCUUGACUUGGUAAUGGACCGUUCAAAAAUAUAGAAUUUUUCCGCCUGUUCCGAAUUGAACCUAUUUGGUUGAAAGUUCAUUAAUAUAGGGCCUUAUGAGCUAUGUAAGCCGUAUAAUGUACGUGAUACGUGAUGCGAUUCACAUCAAACUAGAUUUAAGGUGUGCAAAUUGAUAAUGGUAUUACUAAUUAAUGAAGUGAUUAAAUAUAUUAUAAUGAAUGAAUGAAUGAAUGGGCCAUGUUGUUUCACGUUUUUAUGUUCUUAAUAUUGUGAUAGUAAUGUGAUAGAUCGUUCGUUCAUUUUGUCUAUUUUCUUAUUAGAAACAUCAAAGAUUUGUUAUUGAUGUUUAGAAAGCAUAAAUAUAUCAGUUAGUAGAUUUCCCGUUAAGGAAAGUUUUUAUUUUGUGUGUUGAAUAUUAUGAGAACAAUUUUCGUGUGAUACAUACAUAAUAAACAUUGAAUGUUAGACGUAAAAGGGGCCUUUGUGGAUCAGAUGUGUAAUGUAAGAAAUACCUUGUAGGGCGAGUGAGGCAAAUAUAACGAGUCGAAAGCAAAAUAGAAGCUCUCUCCAAUAACUUUUUACCAUUGAAUUAGUCUUCUCACAUUAAAAUAUAUAUAGCAGUUACGCUUAAAUACUGAAAAAUGAUCGCUUCCUAACCACUAAACCACACAUCCGAAAUUAAAAUUACAGAAUUCUAAUUCCUACAAGAAAAUCAAUAUAAUACUUAUGUGCACACAGCGAAGAAAUAUCGAAAAUGUAUUCGUCCAUUGUUUUUGUCCAUAAUGUAUACUUCGAUCGUAAUAUAUGAUAAUAAAUAUCGGUAUCCUGUAUUAAAAUUGCACAUGUUUACAGAAUUUCACUAUAAGACAAAAGUCGAAUGUUUUACUGAAGUGUACUUUAUCAAUGCAAGUCUUAUUGUGGUUACAGUAAAUAGUAAGAUUCAAUUGCAUUUUUGUAUUUGAAUAUACAAAUAAACCCUGUUUUAUUAUGUGUAUAAUAUUUAUCUUUAAUGAAAAAUGAACCCAAUGAUAUAAUUAAAUAAGGUACACAUUUUUUGUGAAUCUGGUUAAAGAACUGUCACAGUUUUGAAAAAUUUGUGAUAGAAUGCACUUGAUUAUAUUUUGUAUAUAAUGAAAUGUCUUGGUUUUCAUAAAACUCAACAUAUUUAAUACAAUAAAUAUCUUGAACUUAAUUAACAAAUAUUUACCGCAACUUCGUACGCACAAAAUUUGAUAAAUGUAGAUCGUAGAAAUCAUGGCUACUUACAAAAUUUAGAAUUGAAGAAAAUGGAAAAACUCCUCUGUUUUUUGGAGAACAUUUCUUAAGACGGACAAAAAUUUGGAUAAUAUAAAAUGCACAUAAGAGUGGCCUAAAAUCGUCUUCUUUUUAUAAUUACAUCGAAAAAGAUAAGCCUGAUGUUUGGCCAAUUAAAAAGUUUUUACUAAGGUGCAAUGUUCAGUUUUUAAGUCAUUUAACAUUUACACUUGAAGGCGUAUAGAUAAAGAUAUUUGGAAACAUUAUGGCGGCCGUUUCAUGAUAAGGACACUGGCAUCGCUAUCUAUUUGAAACAGGUAUAAUUCUAUGAUGAACGGCUAGAGUGUGUCUUCCAAAACACAAUGUUCUAAACUAAACCCUGUUGAUUGAUCAAAGAUGGCUCUUAUUUCAAUCGACUUUAUUCUUAAAUUAUUCAUAAACGAAUUUAAUAACAGGAAAAUGCUUGUUAUGUAAAAUAGCAUUUAACAACUUCCUUAAUACUAUUUGAUUUCUCUGAAUUGCUUUCUGAAUUUUUUAGGAAUCUGAAUUCAGUGAAGUCUAAUACGCGCUUAAAGCCCAAUGGUGCCAAAAUGACCCAAAAAAAUAAGAUAUUUCCCAACAAAUGAACAUACCACUUAUUUGCCAGUUUAUUAUUAUACAUAAUUAUUUCAGUAAACUCAUGGAAAUUCGAUUUUUCCAGUGUUUUAAUUAUUCGUCAAUUAGCUGAGUUAUAAGGCGUGCGUUGUUUAUACAUGUGAUUGAGGCUAGGUAGGAUACACUGAAAAAUUAUUAACUUGUCUGUCUCAUGCAGAUAUACAUUUAUAUAGUAUGUACUCAAAUAAAAAACAACUUACAAAAUCAUCGGAUAUUUCAUAAAGCUUAACAAACAAUAAUCUCAAUAGUUUCUAUUAAAAGUAUUUGAUAAAUUAAUACAAAUACAAUUUGUAGUAGUUAGGUGUCUCUUAAUUGAGUCAGAAUUUAUAUACAACAUACACCAUAUCUACCAGAUCAAUUGAUUUAUAAAAACUUGCGUCAAAUGGAGGACCUCUUAAUAGUCCAAGUAUAUUGGAUGCGGCUAAUUUAGGGCCUAAUUUUAAUAUGGUAAGAAUAUCAUGUUUAAACAACUUCUAAAAUUCAGGGCUUUACAAAAUUCUUUUGUAUAUUCAAUUAAAGUAGCCUAAGGUUUGAAUUGAAACUUUUUCAAUUUCAUGAAUGAAUAUGUAUAUUUUGAAACUUUCCAGUAAAGUGCAAUAGCGAUAUUAAGGCACAGAUUUUUGUAAAUAUAUAUCAUUUUUGAUGAUGACUUAUGUUUUUGAAACACAUCAUUAAAAUAAGAGUAUCUUUAUAUAUUUAAAAGAUUUUUUAUUGCAUAUAAAUUGAUAAAUAUUCUUUAGUUGUAUACGUAUAAAUUGUGCAUCAUGUAGUAUAUUUCUAAGAUUUUUAAGAUAUCGAGAGAGCGUAAGAUUAAGUGAGAUGUCGAAUUGGAAUUUAUUUUUGUAUUCGUAUGGAUAAGUGUGUAUGUAAUUAGGAUGCAUAUGUAAGGCCGGUAAAGUCGUAGGGGGAAGGCAGUGUUAUGGAAUUAUGAUCUCAAGACAAAGAGUGGUUUUACGUAGGUAUUGUCAGUCAAAAUUACCGCACGUAAUAUUCCCAUCGAUAACAUUGCGCAAAAACAUUUAUUAAAUAACUUUUUUGUAAAGAAAAAUUGAAUACUUUUAUUCCGACAUUCUGCCGAUUUAAAAUUCUGUAUCCAUGAAUAUCGCCAUUUUUACAAUACUACGCUACUUAUUUAUAUGCGGUACUUUUGACUGCCUGUAUAACCAAUUAAAGAUAAGAAUGCAAUUUUAUAUAAUUUAAUUAAACAAUUUUCAAUAUGUACAGCCAAAUGCAUAAAAUAGAGCUAAGACAUCCUGUCUCCAUUCGAUAUAAACAUUGUAAUAGUAGUGUUUUUAAUAAGUGUUUAAUAAAAAUUGUCAACAACUUUA